GUGAAACCAUAUGCAGCAAAUGAGCGGCACAGUUUUGUCCCAGAUCUAAUCCUGCUGUUGAUCGGAGUAAUUUAACGUCGGUGCAGCAGUGAAUGAGAGUGUGAACAUGGAAUGUUGGACCCCCUCCCCUUCUCUUUGUCAUGGAGCAUCCGCCAGCUGCUUUUGAGCGGAGACAGAACUCAUUGUUUUAAAUUUCCCUGUGACGCAGCUGAGCUCCAGAACAAUCAAAAAGCCGUAAUCCAGAUAUUUUUUGUGUUUUAUCAAAACAAAAUGUUAUCACUGAAAAAGCAUCUCCCCAAAAAGGAAAUUCUGCUGGAAUUUGAAAGCAUCCUGUGCAUCAGCCAAAUGCAUCAUCACGCUGGCAGACGGGUCCAUACAUCUGCUGUUUUUUGAAGCUCACUAAAUACCACAGACAAUAAAAAUAUGGAGCAGAGUCAGAACUAAAUCAAAAACAACAGCAGCAAUAAAACAGCAGCACUUUCUCCAUUUACAUUAAAAUUAAAAACAAAACACAGCUCUGCAAGUAUUUAUUCUGGAAGAUGAUCAAAGCUGAUUUACGUCAUGUCACACAUCACACUAUGACAUCAGAGCUUCGUUGCUAAUUAAUGAUCUGAGGCGCUGUCCGCGGUGCUGAAUCCUGAUCCAGGUCCUCUGAAAGCAGCCGCACGCAGCCGGUCUGGCUUCACGUGUGUGUGGAGACUGGAGGCAUCAGGGCAGGAAGACAACAGACGAGUUGAGAGUGCUUGACAGUGAACAUGGAUCUGCUUCCAGCCAAGGAGGCGGCUAAAAUCUACCACACCAACUACGUGAGGAACUCCAGGGCCAUCGGCGUCAUGUGGGCCGUGUUCACCAUCUGCUUCACCAUCAUCACCGUGGUGGUCUUCAUCCAGCCCUACUGGAUCGGGGACAGCGUCAACACCCCGCAGGCCGGCUACUUCGGCCUCUUCUACUACUGCAUCGGGAACGCGCUGACCACAGAGCUCAUCUGUAAGGGCAGCAUCUUGGACUUCAACUCCAUCCCUUCCCCGGCCUUCAGGACCGCCAUGUUCUUCGUGGGGACCUCCAUGCUGCUGAUUGUCGGCACCAUGGUCUGCUUCGGCCUGUUCUUCUUCUGCAACGCAGCAAACGUCUACAGGAUCUGCGCUUGGAUGCAGCUGGCUGCAGCUGUGCUGAUGGUGAUGGGCUGCAUGAUCUACCCAGACGGCUGGGACUCGGCAGAGGUGAAGAGGAUGUGCGGUGAGAAAACGGAUAAGUACCAGUUGGGGAACUGCACCGUGCGCUGGGCCUACAUCCUGGCCAUCAUCAGCGUCCUGGACGCCCUGAUGCUGGCCUUCCUGUCCUUCACGCUGGGAAACCGGCAGGACAACCUGCUGUCGGAGGACUUUGAGGUGGAGGGAAUAGAAAAGGAGUAAGGGAACAAAAUACCAAGCGAUGGCUGGAAUCACCUCUAAAUCAAACAUCACAGCACGGCAGAGGCAACUAAUGUCACCUGGAAACAGUCCUGCAACAAAUCCAGCUGUCACGAGGAGAACAUUUGGAUUUUGUGAAGACUUGUAGGAAGGUGUUAAUUAAAAUGUAUAUUUAUAAUAUUUCUCUUAUGAAUAGAUGAUUUAUAGCGGCACAGUUUUGUAUUGAACUACGUUGCCUUCAUGUUGUCUUUUUAUUUUGUAUUAACCCUUUAGUGUGGGUGCGGUGAGUUGGUAAUUACUUUUUCUGAGGCCCAGGGUCAUUAAGAAUUCUAUUAUUUCCCUUCUUU